GUCAAACUUGUGCAUUAGCAAACGUGAAAUGUUGACUGUUACAAUUAAAAAAGAACGGAGGAAGUAUUAAACUCUUUUAAAAUAAAUAUACAUGUCAGGACUCCUAUUGGAGUACCUUUUCCCAAAACAUUCACAGCGGACACAGGGGGUGACAAAGGGGAACCGCUGUCCCUCCCAAAAAAAAUCUAAGUAUAUUUACCCUGAAAUUUUAAAUGUAUAUGUAUUUGUAUGUAUAUUUUUGUACUGCCGCCCCUACAACCGGAAAUUCCUGCGUCUGCCGCUGCGUAGUGGCACAGUUCUAGUUCUCCGGCAGAGGCGCCAGUUUUCUGACCGCUAGGUGGAGGACUUCUCCCAAAAAAUAAAGCGAAGAUUGCUUUGUCUUCCAUCACCAUUAAUAGACAAAAUCAGUUAUAUGAUUUCAUUUGAAUAAUGACAAGAAGUUGAAAGAACAUUAGGAGAGAUGGAUACAAAGACGGGUAACCACUUGCCCACUAGCCAUCACUUGUUAUCCACGCUACCACAGUACGCUGCAAAUUCUGUGGUGGUAGCCGUUUGUUUUGAACCUAUAAACUCGAUCAGGGAAUUAAAUGGAGUUUACUCCUUUGCCAACCCAUCGUCUUAUAAAUAAGUCUGAGUGAAGUCCCAAGACACUUAUUUCUUUAUCAUAAAUCAUUCGGAUAUACGGACUACGGACUACGGAGUAUAUAUAAUAAUAAUGAAUAAAUACGAAAUGUGCAGAGAAGAUGAUGCAGGCGUACGUGCACCACCCAAGCACCAGAACGUGGCUCUAAUCAUCGGCGUCACCGGCAUUGUUGGAGCAAGCCUCGCCGAAACCCUCCCUCGCUCCGACACACCCGGCGGCCCUUGGAAGGUAUACGGCGUUGCUCGCCGUCCUAUCCGGUCCUGGAACACCACCGACCACCACCCCCCAAUCGAGUUCGUCCAGUGCGAUAUAACUGACCCAGAAGCUGCCCAAUCCAAGCUGACCGUACUGACCGACGUCACGCACGUCUUCUAUGUUACGUGGGCCAGCCGGCCCACGGAACUGGAAAACUGCGAGGCAAACGGGAAGAUGUUCAGCAACGUCUUGAAUGCGGUCAUCCCCAGCUGCCCGGGCCUGACUCACAUCUGCUUACAAACGGGCCUGAAGCAUUACUUUGGCCCGUUUGAGUCGUUUGGAAAAGCGGCCCAUGAAAUGCCCUUCCACGAGGAUCUCCCGCGGCUGGGCGUACCGAACUUCUACUACACCCUCGAGGACAUCCUCUGGGAAGAGGUGAAGAAGAAACCGGGUCUCACGUGGUCCGUGCACCGACCCGGUUUGAUAUUCGGGUUCUCCCCGAGCAGCAUGAUGAACACGGUGGGCUCGCUCUGUGCAUAUGCGGCAAUAUGUAAGCGCGAGGGGCUGAGAUUCAUAUUCCCGGGGGUGAAGGCGUGCUGGGAAGGGUACACCAACGGCUCAGAUGCGGAUCUGAUCGCGGAGCAGGAGAUUUGGGCCGCGGUGGAGCCAGCCGCCAAGAACGAAGCUUUCAAUGUGAGCAAUGGAGAUGUGUUCAGGUGGAAGCAGCUGUGGGGGGUGAUCGCGGAGCAGUUCGGUCUGGAGGUCCCGGAAUUUGAGGAUGCGGGGCCGGCGAUGAGCUUGGAGGAGAUGAUGAAAGGGAAAGGGCGUGUUUGGGACGAGAUUGUUAGGGAAAACGGGCUGUUGGAGACGAAGUUGGAGGAGAUUGGUCAAUGGUGGCUUGUGGAUGUAUGCUUUAGCGUGUGUGGUCCGUUGGAUAGUAUGAACAAGAGCAAGGAGCAUGGGUUCUUUGGAUUUAGGGACACCAAGAAGUCUCUAAUUGCUUGGAUCCAUAAGGCGAAGGCUUGCAAGAUUGUUCCUUAGUGAUUCCCAUCCUAACACCACCUUUCGAAAGUUCCGAAAUAAGACUAAAAUGGUUUGAACAUUCCAAAAUAGGACUAUUAUGUUUUUUAUUUCCCAAAUAUGAGUAAUUACUGUCAGGUUUGGAAAAUACUGUCAUGUUUGAAGUCUGGUACUGCCAAAACAUAACAAUAUUUAGUCCUGUUUUGGGAAUAAAAUCAUGACAGUCCUAUUUUGGAAUUUUCAAACCUUUUUAGUCCUAUUUUGGGUAAUAUUCUCUUCAUAAAACCAAAUAAUGCCUUAAGUCUCCUACAUUCCAUCCCCACUUUGAGUGUCGACAAAAAUAAUCUGAACUAGUAAUGGUGUUCAUAAGAAUAAAUUUGGUUGAAUUCACAUUAAUGCCCGUUUCAUACUUUUGAGAGAUACACUUACUUUUUCUUCCCCGUUCUUCUUAUUGAGGCAAAUUUAAACUAAGACCCGUUUAAUUUCAACACCAUUUUCAUCAUAUGUGGUUUUGUCUAAGUUGAAACAUAAAAGCGUUAAUCUUGGCGAAGAGGAAAGUAGAGGUAUAAGUUGGAAGUACUAAAUGAGCAUUAGUUUGAGUUUAUUAAAAAUUUAUUCUUGUCUAUACUAUUGCUAGUACGAAUUAUUUUUACGGACACUGUCAGUGUGUAC